CAACCAGUUGCUUCCCUUCGACUAGCAGUGGACCGUUACAAAAACGCUCGAAAAGAGAAGAAAAUAUGUUUGGAUUGACUACUGCCGCCACAGCCGCUUCCGCCGCCGCCGCUGCUGCUAACUCUCUAUCCUCUCGCAUUCCCUACGCUCUACCUCAUCAAGUAAUCACCGGUUCGGCCGUCUCAAACGCCGCCACUGUUUGCUCUCAAUCGGCUUCGUUUGCGUGCGUUCAAGUCCACGCGAACUCCUUGCGGUCUAGCUUUACUGCAAUCAAAGCUAUGGCUGAUUCUCAAACCCUUUCAGUGCCAAAGAAUGAACCUCAAGCCCCUGUCUCUGGAAAGAAGCAAGCACUGAUAUCUUUAUCUGACAAAAAGGACCUGGCUUUUCUUGGUACCGGGCUUCAAGAUUUAGGGUACACAAUCGUUUCAACUGGGGGAACAGCAUCUGCUCUGGAAAGUGCUGGAGUGUCAGUAACUAAAGUGGAACAGCUUACCAGUUUCCCAGAAAUGCUUGAUGGCCGUGUAAAAACUUUACAUCCCAACAUCCAUGGUGGUAUUCUUGCUAGAAGGGACCAAAAGCAUCAUAUGGAAGCUCUUGAUAAACAUGGAAUUGGUACAUUUGAUGUAGUAGUGGUCAAUUUGUACCCCUUCUACGAUAAAGUUACCUCAACUAGAGGAAUCGGGUUUGAAGAUGGGAUUGAGAACAUUGAUAUCGGUGGCCCUACUAUGAUCAGAGCAGCUGCAAAGAAUCACAAAGACGUCUUGGUUGUUGUUGAUUCACAAGACUAUCCUGAACUUCUGGAAUUUCUCAAAGGAAAUCAGGACGAUCAACAGUUCCGAAGAAAACUUGCCUGGAAAGCUUUCCAACAUGUUGCUUCUUAUGAUUCUGCAGUUUCUGAGUGGCUAUGGAAACAGACUGCAGGAGAUAAACUUUCUCCCAGCCUGACAGUGCCUCUCCAGCUUAAGGAUUCUCUUCGUUAUGGUGAAAACCCUCAUCAAAGGGCUCAAGUUUAUUAUGACAAGAGUAUUUCAGAGUUUGAUGCUGGUGGUAUUGCAGCAGCUAUUCAACAUCAUGGAAAGGAGAUGUCAUAUAAUAAUUAUUUAGAUGCUGAUGCAGCUUGGAAUUGUGUGUGUGAGUUUGGAAAUCCCACAUGUGUAGUUGUGAAGCACACAAACCCAUGUGGUGUAGCUUCUUGUGCUGAUAUACUUGAAGCGUACAGGCUGGCCGUGAAAGCAGAUCCAGUGAGUGCGUUUGGCGGUAUAGUUGCAUUCAACAUAGAAGUUGAUGAGGAUCUUGCCAAGGAAAUCAGAGAGUUCAGAAGCCCAACAGAUGGUGAAACCCGGAUGUUUUACGAGAUUGUGGUUGCUCCCAAGUAUACAAAAAAGGGGCUUGAGAUCCUCCGUGGCAAAUCAAAGACACUGAGGAUUCUUGAGGCAAAAAAGAACGAGAAAGGAAAGCUUUCACUAAGACAAAUUGGGGGUGGGUGGUUAGCUCAAGAUUCAGAUGACUUAACCCCUCAAGAUAUCCAAUUCAAUGUUGUGUCUGAGAAGACCCCACAAACUAGUGAACUUGAUGAUGCAAAAUUUGCAUGGCUUUGUGUCAAGCAUGUCAAGAGCAAUGCCAUUGUUAUAGCCAAGAAUAACUGUAUGUUAGGUAUGGGAAGUGGGCAGCCAAACCGUCUGGAGAGCUUGAGAAUAGCUUUAAGGAAAGCAGGAGAAGAGGUCAAAGGGGCUGCUUUGGCUAGCGAUGCUUUCUUUCCAUUUGCUUGGAAUGAUGCUGUUGAAGAGGCAUGUGAGGCUGGGGUUGGUGCUAUUGCAGAGCCUGGUGGGAGUAUUAGGGAUAAAGAUGCCAUAGACUGCUGCAACAAGUAUGGGGUUUCAUUGCUUUUUACCAACGUCAGGCAUUUCAGGCACUGACAAAUUUACCAUAAGUAUUCAAGUUCGAGUUCGAAUUAUUUGGUUCCUCCUUGUGCUCCGAGCCGAGGAACAGAGUCUCAAAAGUUUUGGCAUAUCACCCUGUAGUUUAUCAAGAACAUGUGUGAACAUGUCAUCAUGUUCUGUAAUUUAUGUUAAUGAAUAAUUGUAAGGAUUUUGGGCCUUUUUUUUUU